AUGAUUUCCAGUUCUCAAGAUGUUCCUCCUAUGAAUCUAAAAAGUCCUUAUCACAUUGAGGAAAUGAAAAAGUCUGAUGAUGUUGCAAAGAUAAAUAUUGAAAAGCAAACUCUUGUUAGUAAGUUGAAAAUUUUGGUUGAAAAACCAUUAAAUGAACAGAAGGGUAGUGCAACUUCUGAUUUUGAGAAAGGAAAAGUGAAGAUAGUUUUUGAAGAUGAAGCUAAUCCAUUUUUGUCGGAAGAAAAAAAUAUUGCUCAAGCGAAACAACAUGUGUUUGUGAACAAUGAUGAAGAGUGUCAGUUGUAUUUUCCAUUAAUAAUGAAAGCAUUUAUUUUUCGAACACUGGACAAAGUUGUUGAUAUCACAUUGGCAAAUUUAGCUACGAACAAGAACCUUUUCAAUUUCUAUGUCAAACAGUCAAAACCUCAGUACGAAAUGUGGAGUUUAAAGUGCUUAUCAGGUGUAAUGGUUGGAAAACCUUUUAAUUCUGAGGGUUUUGCAAAUGUUUAUUUUAGAGGUUUCAGAGGUGCUAUCAAUGAAGUAUUUGACUUCAUUCUUGCCGGUCUUCCACAAAUGAAUCAUUAUGACUGGAUUGUUCUUCUAAGUAUUGUGGCAAAGGAUCCAAUUAAAUAUGAGCCUAUCUUUCAAGUCUUGAGAAGUAUGAUAAGAGGCUAUAUUCAAGAAGUUGGAAAAAUGGAUGUGGAGAUUGUGAAGAAGCUCAAUAGAAAACCAAUUGUGAAGCCACUCGAUAAACCAAAAGUAUUUGAAAAUCAAAAGAUUGGGUUUAUUGAGAAAGAACCUUGGAGUAUUGUUUAUCAAACAAGGGAGAGUGAAGCUAAUCGGGUUCCAGAAACUCAAUUCCAAUCUUCCCAACCCGAGCAUUUCCAGUUCCGUGAUUCUCAGAACGUAGAAUUUGAGAGUUCUAGUGACGAUCCGGUCCCCGAAAGAAAUGAAGAAGAAACUAGUGAGGAGUUGCGACCUGUUGUUGAGAAAAAACGCACCUUUACAAACCGCCAGAAGUCAAAGAAAUGGGUGGAACGCGAAGAGUUGGCUUUGGCUAGGGCAUAUGUCGAUUGUUCACAAGAUAAACAACGUGGAAACCAACAACGGUUCGAUGCAUUUUGGGAUCGGGUUCUAGAGAAUUUUAAUGUUCAGAUUGGAGGUUCGGAUCGGACACGACACCAAGUAAACUCAAAAUGGAAAGACCUGCAAAAGAAAUGUAACGCUUUCAACUGCAUUUAUAACCGUGGGAUGAACAGUGUGGCUAGCAGGAGAUCUGAGGCUGAUGUUUUAAAAGCCUCACCAAGCGAGUAUCGGAGUACUAUUAAUCAAAAAUCCUUUCCUCAUCAAAAAGCUUGGGAGUGGUUGAAAGACCACGCGAAAUAG